GACGCCAUUUUGUGUCGAGACGAAAGUGAAUGUGGUGUUUGCGUGGUAUUUUAUCAUUAAAACUAACGAUUUUUCUUUGAUUUGUUCCUAAUCUCAUUAUAGUGGCGUCCAAAUCUAAAAAAAUUUAUACAAUGACGGCCCACGAUCAGAUGCGGGCAAUGUUAGAUCAGCUUAUGGGAACUGGUCGUAAUGGAGAAAAUAGUAAAUUCCAUGUUAAAUUCAACGAUCCUAGAGUGUGCAAGUCGUUUUUACUUAGUUGUUGCCCACAUGAAAUCCUUUCCUCAACGAGAAUGGAUUUGGGAGAUUGUCCAAAAAUUCAUGAUUUGGCAUUAAGAGCAGACUUUGAAAAAGCCCAGCAGGCCAAAGAUUAUUUUUAUGAUCUUGAUGCCAUGGAGCAUCUGCAGGCGUUCAUCGGCGACUGCGACCGGCGCACCGAGGCUGCCAAGCAGCGGCUGGCCGAGACGCAGGAGGAGCUGUCGGCCGAGGUGGCUGCCAAGGCCAACAACGUGCACGAGCUGGCCGAGCAGAUCGGCCAGAAGCUGGCCAAGGCGGAGCAGCUGGGCGAGGAGGGGUUCGUCGAGGAGAGCAUGAAGCUGAUGGAGGAGGUCGACGAGCUGAGAAAAAAGAAACUGGACGCCGAACAGGAGUACCGCAACUCGAUGCCGGCCAGCAGUUACCAGCAACAAAAGCUGAGAGUGUGCGAAGUUUGUUCCGCCUAUUUGGGCAUCCACGACAACGACAGAAGAUUGGCCGACCACUUUGGCGGCAAGUUGCAUCUCGGCUUUAUCAAGAUAAGGGAGAAAUUGACCGAAUUAGAGAAAAAUUCAGACAAACGGAAGGAAGAGAAGAAGAAGGCGGGCAAAGACAAGGACCGCGACGGCAGAGAGGACAGAUACGAGAAGCGUUACAGAGAACACUACGUGGGCGGGCGAGAGCUGGACAGGAGGUCGAAACGGCACAGGUCCAGGUCGAAGGAGCGCAAGGACAGAGCCGAACGCAAAGACAAAGAAGAAGAUGGGUCCGGCAAGAGUAGCCGACACAGGUCCAGAUCCAAGAGCCGUGACCGUGAACGCCGGUCCCACUCACGCCAUUCCAGUUCCGGCGAAAAAAAGCGGGAGCGCGAAAGGGAAUAACGUUGAUUCACCCACAGAUUCUAGGGGGUAGCCGGUUUGAAUAUAAUAUAUUUUUUCUGAUUGCGUUUUUCUGUAAAUGGAUUAUUGUGCAAGCCAAUAAAGUACACAUAUUGAGGUUCAAAAAUAAUGGUAUUCCAGUUUCAGGUCAUAUAUUACAGUUGCUCAAAAGAUGAGUGAUUUUAAAGAGUUGCCAUUCAACAUUUUUAUGAAAAUUAGUUAUAAUAAAAUUAGGAUUCAAAAUUACUUGGUUUAAUUCACAGAAUCUGUAUAACAAGUGUAUAAUAUAUAAAAAGGAGUCAGUAAAAAUUACUGAAGUAACAUAACUGGACAAAUGAAGAGUAAAGAAUAUUUCUAGUGAGUUCAAUAUUUCAUUUUAGUAGGUUAUAUUCUGAUAUUUUUAUCAAUCUAGUGUCUUGGAAUAUUACUCCAUGAAAUUGUUAUUUAAUUUUUUUGUUUCUAGUUAUUGAUGUUAAAUGUUGAAGUGAAUUUAUUUAGCUAGUAGUAUUAACUGAUAUUCAGUACCUUUGUUAUCUCACACUAAUAAAGUUAGUACAUUUUUUUUAGGCAAUAGCAUUUUGAUAUUGCAAUCUUAGUAUAUGGUGUAUUGCUUCAAAAUAAAAAAUGAUAGUACU